CACAAAGCGCCGCCUUGCUUGGCUUCUUCCCUAGCGUCGCAGCCUUCUCUGCUACUGUACUUACAGUACUCCAGAUAACCCCAUCCAGCAAUUCAGCUCCCCGCAGCACCUAGGCGGGCUUACUCUGCAGACGCCUCGUGCCACCCUGCCCAGUCAAAGCGACUCCUCUUCUGCGGAUUUUCGCAGCCUGCCUUUCCUUUUCUAUUUCCAACGUUGCUGCAAGCAGAAGCUUCCCCCAAGACACCGCCAAGAUAUCUUUUUAAUUGUGUUUGGCGCUAUCUGUGCCCCAACUUUGACAACAACUCCAAGACGCCGCCCGCCUCCGAGCUUUCGCCACACGUCACCGCCGACGAGUCUCGUACCCCCCCAACAAGCGCUUGCACCCCCUCGCGGCUGAAAAAUACUACAGCUGCUGGUGCAGACUAGGCUUCCUCGAGGUUCGCCAAACUUCUCCUGUUUCUGGCAAACUUGUCCAACAGCAGCAAACUCUGCAGAAACUCGUACUCUACAAGCACGACGUGCUGUGUCGCCCACUCCGUUAUUGGCCAUGUAUUCAGACAGCGGUGACAGGUAUACAAAAUGAGCGAUCCUAUUGAUAUCCACGACGUCCUCCGAAACGGCUACUUUACUACCACACGGCACAGAAACCAGGAUAGACUAUCUACAGAAGUGCCCGACUAUAACAGCUUGUCUCGAUCUGCACCUUCUGAUUAUGACGGCGCCUAUGUGAUCCGACAGCCAGAGCAGCACUACCAGCCACAGUACGAGCAGCAGUAUCAGCAACGGAGGGAAGAGAGAAGAGAAAGCCGACCGGUUUCCAAAAAGCGACAACCACCACCUCCUAAACCGAGAGUCGACGAUGAAGACGACAUUCUUUCCCAAGAGCUCGGCUCCUGCAAGCUUGUCGUGGCAGAAGAAGAGCCAGGAUCUCGAGGUGACAUAGAUCAGCCGACUCUGAUUGAGGAUGUGCACGAGUUCAACCCCGAAAGACGCUUUGUUUUUGUCAGCGGCGAUGAUCCCAACGCUACCGAAAAUAAAGAGCAACCGGCAGAACCUAAGAAAGAGAAGGAGGCUGAAGUUAGGCCCGACAAGAAGCCUGCAGACAGAGUAGACCCCGUCACAAAGACGCCACCAAGCGUGGACCGAGACCGAGGCAGCGACAAACCUCGAAGUGACCGCAGCUCGCCAAGACCGAAAGACGAGUCCCGGCCCCGACGUGAUUCAUCUCCGAAGCGCCCUCGGGAGAAAGAACCGUCCUCGAGGCGCUACCCAGACAGCUCACCACGAAACUCGGACGAUGAACGACUCAACCCACGACUAAACACAGAGAGACGAAGAAGCCGACAAGACUUGCCCGUCAUCGACACAACCUUAUUAGAUGACCAACGUCAACCCGAACACCAUCGAAGCCGCUCUGCCGUCAGUGCUACUCGCCCCGACUACUUUUCUCCUAAACAGGCACGUUUUGGAGAGCAGAUGCUCUCGCCCGAUGUUAUCAAGCAUGGUGCAAAUGGCAGAGAGCAAGUCUUCUACAGCUACUUGUCGUCAUCAGGGAAUUACAGAAGCGGGUCUCGUGAUGAGGCUCCCGAGAGCCGGUCAAAAUCAAGCCGAAGCGUGUCAAAUAACCGCCGAAGUGAAACGCUGGACGAACAUGACUCUCGUAGACGAUACUCCAAAGACCGCGACCGAGACCGAGACCAGCGUGAGUCCGCAUCCUCCUCACGCAGGUACGAAACUCGGGGAAGCUCCAUGCAAGGCUCCAGCCGCGGCCCAUCUGGGCAAUCCACCAGUUACAACUCACGAGACCCUAGCCGUGGUAACGACGAAUAUUCGAAAAGCCAGCGCUCCAAUGACUACCAGUUCCAGAAGCCAGUCAUCACACAAGGUGAACCUCGGUCAGAUAGACUUCGUGUCGAAAGAGACGAUGUGCGCCGCGAUCGUUCCCCUUCUCGCCGACAGACUCUACCUAUAGAGCAUCCAUCCGCCUCUGCAGACGUCAAGGCACCGACCCCUCCUCUGAAGUCUGCCGCUACCUUUGCUGCAAGUGCAGGUGCAGCAGCAGUCGCUGGAGCUAUGGCAUCGGCCGCGUCGUCAUCAACACCAGCUGCCUCCAAGGUAGCCCCUCCCUACCCCGAAGGCGACUCAAUGAAGGAAAUUGGAGGCCCAACCAAACGAGAACCUAACAGUGCCCCGUACCCCGAACUUGACCUGGUAACAGUAGAGAUGCCUGAUUUACCACCGGAUGUGGCGUCCUACGUUAUCGAGGUGUCGGACAAGGACAGCGACGAGGAUCGCAGUGUGCAGAGAAACUCAUGGCAGCCUGGAAAAUUCGACCCCGAAAAGGGUUCACUGCCUGUUGAGCGACCUGGCGCUUACCGAAGGUACUCGGAGAGCCAGGAUAGCCAAGCAAUGAACAAGCUUCCCGAGUGCAAGAGAAUCAACCCAGUGGCCGGAAAGAUUGACUGGUUGACGUUGCCUCGAUCACACUUCAACAUAUGCCCCGAUUGCUAUGGCUCUGUGUUUGCCAACAGCGAAUAUCGAACGCUGUUCCAGCCAUUCUUUUAUCCCAACACGACUCUUGUAUCGUGUGAUUUUGGAUCGUCUCCGUGGUACCGCAUAGCCUGGCUGCUGAUCCAAAAGAACAAAGAUGCCGACCUGGGCCUCUUUUUGCAUUUGGCGGAGGCGAUGCACCCAGACAACACUUCGCCUUGCCCGGAAGACAAGCGCUGCACCCGUAACUGGCUAACGAUACGCGACCCCAACACUGGACGUUCAGUCCCAGAAUUUACUGUUUGCAGGCGCUGCGCCUCUAUGGUUGAGACGCUGCUACCAAACAUGGAGCGCAUAUUUGACGACCGAUCCUCAGCAAGUAAGAGCAAGUGCUCGAUGCAUUUCUCGUCGGCAAGCAAAGAUUUUGUUCUUUAUUUCGACGCCUUUGAGACUACAGCGGAGCGAGCAAUGACCAAACGGUCAGAGCCCAAUGUUUCCGACUUGGCCAGGAAGCUGCGGAAGGUGUCGACACAUAACCCAUGUCGAGAGGACAAACCAGUGACCGACGGCUACUGGUACUACGCCAAGUUUCUCCCCGACUUGACAGUCUGCAGUGAUUGCUACCACUCUGCAGUCAUCCCUAGGAUAGACGAAAAGUCGACUAUUGCGCGAAACUUUUAUAGCAAGUCCCAGAGGGUCUCGCAAGCGACCUGCCAGCUCUACUCUGCGAGAAUGCGCGACAUUUUCAAGACAGCAUGCAGACAAGAAGACCCAGAUUAUCUUCGCGAAAAGGUUCUUCGACGCCGACGGGCAGAAGAUGUUAUCAAUGGAAAGCUGCGCCAGCUAGAGCAAUAUGGACGAAACGAUAGCCGGACCGAGUUGGAGAUUGACCGACUCAUUCGAGAGUGGAGGGAAUGGGAGUGAUCAUUUUUACAGUAGCGAUUGUGUAACUAUGAUGACGAUGAGAUGAUUGCAUUUUGAUUUAGGCAGGAUAUUUGCAUAAUUAUUUUGAGCACGGGUGGAUUAUCUUUUCUUUUUUUGUUACUGGGAGAAGUUGAGGGUGUACUUCGUAGGGAUGCAAAAUAUACCUCUACACCGAAUAACUAGAAGCACUGGCGGUUAGACGAGACAAAAUAGACCCACCGCGAAAUUACCCAAAGAGGAAGUCCAGACUAUCGA